AUGCUUUCCUUUUGCCAUAACUCGCAAUAUGUUUUGCAGGUGGGGGGAUAUGGGGAUACUGUCCAUUCUAUUAGUGGCAUUCUUGUAGGGAUUGUGGGGCUGGAUUUAAAGCCCCAAAGCUUUUAAAUAAGAACUUUCAUGUGUCUCCACGUGGUUUCGCUCUUUAAGAAGGUUUUGGCUACUGGAGAAAGGGGGCAGAAUUCAGUGCAAAGGAAAGACAAGUACAGUCCACUAGCUAUAGCAGAGAGCCCAACAUAGGUGGCAUUUUUACUACAAAUAUGGUUACUACAGCAUAUCCUGUUCCUGAAGGCUUCACUGACUUAGAAGUCUUUGUCAUUGGUACUGCCUUGCUGGUGGAAGCAUUGCUUGGAUUCUCUUUGAACAUGUUGACCAUUGUCUCUUUCUGGAAAAUCAAAGAACUUCGCACUCCUGGUAACUUUCUGGUUUUCAACCUCGCCUUAUCCGACUGUGGGAUCUGCUUCAACGCUUUCAUUGCGGCGUUUUCUAGUUUUUUAAGGUAUUGGCCCUACGGAUCAGAUGGGUGUCAAAUUCAUGGAUUUCAUGGUUUUUUAACAGCACUGACUAGUAUAAGCUCAGCAGCUGCAGUUGCCUGGGAUCGACAUCAUCAAUAUUGCACUAGAAAUAAGCUGCAGUGGGGUUCGGUGAUCCCCAUGACAAUAUUUCUAUGGCUUUUUUCUGGCUUUUGGGCUGCAAUGCCAUUGCUGGGAUGGGGCGAAUAUGACUAUGAACCUCUAAGAACCUGCUGUACAUUGGACUACACCAAAGGAGACAGAAACUACAUCACAUAUCUUAUUCCUCUGGCCCUUUUCCACUUUAUGAUCCCGGUUUUCAUCAUGCUAACAGCCUACCAAGCCAUUGAUCACAAAUUUAAGAAAACUGGACAGUUCAAGUUCAAUACAGGUUUGCCAGUGAAAUCUUUGGUCAUUUGCUGGGGUCCUUACUCAUUUUUAUGCUUCUAUGCUGCAGUUGAAAGUGUGACUUUCAUCUCACCAAAAAUCUUAAUGAUUCCUGCUGUAAUUGCCAAAUCUUCACCAGCGGCGAAUGCCUUAAUCUAUGCCCUGGGGAAUGAAAACUACCAAGGGGGAAUAUGGCAGUUCCUCACAGGACAGAAGAUCGAGAAAGCGGAAGUCGAUAACAAAACUAAGUAACUUGUGACCCCAUUCAGCUCAGCGUGUGUUCACACUUGACAUUCUUUAACUUAGUUGUGUGGGCUUUGUUUUUUUUUCCAAGUGUACAUUUUAAAAGAUAACAUGUGAAUGGAUAUUUUUAAUCAUGAUAUCUUACAGGUAAAUUUAGUAAGCAACCUGCAUUGGCUGCAGCUUCCUGUGUAGUGUAGACACAGUGUUCAAUUCAGGUUUGCUAUUACGUCAUGGGUGAAAUGGCUCUCAAUUGAGGCAGGCAUAACACAGCCAAAAGUAACCAGUAGUAGAAGCCAUGUGCAUUUUCUUUAACUUAAUUAACUAUGGUUCUACACUGGAAAGAUUUUUUGGUUUUGCAUCAUCUGCCAGCAAUUAGUGUAGUGUUGAAAGGAUGCCAUGCAAAUAUAACUGUUGCAGUUGUCUUUCAACCUGUCAUGUGUUAUUUGUCAAAUAAGCUGCCUUCACCCUUUGUAAGCCCAUGUUAGACUCAUUUUAUGUGUCACAGCAAAUAAAUUGGAACUUGUGAAGUGCCUUUGGCAGGGGGAAGGGUAGACAAACUGGGCAAAUGUCAGAAAACAAACAGUAGAAAAUGAAAAACCAAGAGAAUAUGGUAAGAGCGGCUAGAAUGGAUUUCCAUUUGAUGUGUACAUAUGGCAUUUCUGGGUUAUUGAGAGAUUAAAGCAGUUAUCCAGUAUUGUUAUGCCAUAUGUUUGUGCCUGUGCUUUCCAUUUGCAUUAAAUGGAUGCUGGUUAAAGUAGGA